CUCAGAGUUGUAGUUAUGUCUCUCUCUCUCUGUGUGUUUAGAUUCUUGUUGAAGAGGACCAAGCCAGAGUUGAGCAGCAGUACCUCUUCAGCCCGUCUAUCAGAGGAGGUGUUAGCUGACAGAGAUGACCUGGACUUCUUCAUGCAGACCUCCACUUACUACUACUCAGUGAGGAUCUUCCCAGGUCAGGAGCCCAGCAGUGUGUGGGUUGGCUGGGUGACCUCUGACUUCCACCAGUACGACAUGGCCUUCGACCUCGAAAAGGUCCGCACCGUCACCGUAACCCUGGGAGACGAGAAGGGCAAAGUUCACGAGAGCAUCAAGCGUAGUAACUGCUACAUGGUGUGGGCUGGAGAGAGUACGAGUCCUGGUCAGGGCCGGAACAACAACGGCCUGGAGAUCGGAUGUCUGGUGGACACAGUUAACGGACUACUAACCUUCACUGCCAACGGGAAGGAGCUCAGCACAUACUACCAGGUUGAGCCCAGUACCAAGCUGUUCCCUGCUGUGUUCGCUCAGGCCACCAGCCCCAGCAUCUUUCAGUUUGAACUAGGACGUAUUAAGAACGUCAUGCCUCUGUCAGCGGGACUGUUUAAGAGUGAGAGGAGGAACUCGUGUCCCCAGUGUCCUCCCAGGCUGCAUGUCCAGUUCCUGACCCCGGUGAUGUGGAGCAGGGUACCCAACCACUUCCUCAAGGUGGACGUGUCCCGAGUCAACGACCGCCAUGGCUGGCUGGUCACCUGCUCUGAACCGCUCCAGUUCAUGUCCCUGCAUAUACCUGAGGAGAACAGGUCAGUUGAUAUCCUGGAGUUGACUGAGCAGAAGGAUCUGUUGAAGUUUCACUACCAUACUCUGAGGUUGUACUCUGCUGUGUGCGCUCUGGGGAACAACCGUGUGGCCCACGCCCUCUGCUCCCACGCUGACGAGGCACAGCUGCUCUACGCCAUAGAGAACAAGUACAUGCCUGGUCUCCUCAGGACUGGAUACUACGACCUGCUCAUAGACAUCCACCUCAGUACCUAUGCCACGGCGCGUCUCAUGAUGAACAAUGAAUACAUCGUCCCCAUGACGGACGAGACCAAGUCCAUCACUCUGUUCCCCGACGAGAAGAAGAAGCACGGUCUGCCGGGGAUCGGCCUGAGCACCUCUCUCCGCCCCCGCAUGCACUUCUCCUCGCCGUCCUUCAUCUGUAGCGGAGCCGACUGCUUCCAGUUCAGCCCCGAGUUCCCCCUGGAUAUCCUGAAGACCAAGACCAUAGAGAUGCUGACGGAGGCGGUGAGCGAGGGGAGUCUACACGUCAGAGAUCCUAUAGGGGGCAGCACUGAGUUCCUGUUCGUUCCUCUCAUUAAGUUGUUCUACACGUUACUGAUCAUGGGAGUGUUCCAUAACGGAGACCUGAAGAACAUUCUACAGCUGAUAGAACCCAGCGUGUUCUCAGAGGGAGGGGACGCGACCGCGGACACGCCCGCGGACACGCCCGAGUGUGAUGUCACUAAGGGAGGAAGAGGCGGGGAGGGGCCUGGAGGAGAGGAGAGGACAGGGAAGGUCCCUAAAGGACUGCUACAGAUGAAACUACCGGAGCCUGUCAAACUGCAGAUGUGCCACCUGCUCCAGUACUUGUUGUUAACCGGACUGUGUCUCUACAUGUGCCACCUGCUCCAGUACUCGUUGUUAACCGGACUGUGUCUCUGUAGAUGUGCCACCUGCUCCAGUACUCGUUGUUAACCGGACUGUGUCU